AUGGUGUCGGCUCCAUCCCAGCUCGGGCUGGAAUGGAGAGCGGAUGUGACGUACACGCGUUUUGGGCGCAGCAAUGAGGCGCAGAAAGAAUUUCGGACGCCAAAGAAGUUUCUCGCCAACUCCGAUGUUAGUCAUUAUAGAAAUGAACAAUGGGAGCGCACUCUUUCUAUGCGUGCGCUCCACUCCGCGGCAGCUGUUCGCAACGCUUUGUGCGCCCAUCGCCCAUCGAUGCUCGAGAGCCUUUUACCGCAAGCGAGUCAACUCAGCCGACAU